CUCACGUUGUUAAGAGUCACAGAAGUACGAUUACAUAUAUGACUUAUGCUCUGUAACAGUCCCAGAAGUCUGCGAACAUAAUUUUUCACAAACGAGGUGAGAUUUGCACGUGCGGAUUUGGUAUAGAGCGGUAAAAUAAAUUGUAAUCGCACUCGUUUUAAUGAAAUAUUAACGGAUCGAACAGAUUACGCAAAAGGCUUUCAUAAUUAGGGGGUCAAAACUUUAUGGUUACAAAUUUUACUGAUACCUUCACGACAUGUGGUGUACGUUUACGAAUAACAGACUAUAAGUGCGCAUUCAGUUUAUGUAUUUACAAACGUGAUACCUAGCUGCUCAACCAGUCGUUGAUGAGAUUCGGGUCAUCACACAGCAGCGACAGCUCCUUCUGAUUGUGACCCUCCAUGCAGCUGCUUUCGGAUAUUACCUUGAUAUUCUCUCGCAGAGAUGCUUCGUAAUGCUUUGACAAGAAUAUCCACAUACACCAACAGAAGGGUAUUAACAAGUCUUUCUUUGAGACAGCCAUACUGUAGCAAUGGACCUAGGGCCACAGACAGCACCAGGGGAGUCAAGGUGUUGUACGAUGGAGAGUGCCCUAUUUGUGUGAAAGAAAUCAGGUUCCUUCAGUAUCUGCAGAAACACCGGCCUGCAAAAGUCGAGUUUGUGGACAUUUCUACGCAAGGUUAUGAUGGAAAGAAAUACGGAGGAAUAACCUACGAGAUGGCAAUGGAGGAAAUGCAUGUGAUCGAUGAACAUGAUAAGGUUCACCGUGGAAUCCCAGCCUUUACCGUCAUGUACAGCGCAGUGGGGCUGGGGUGGCUUGGCCGCUUCAUGUCCUGGUCACCGAUUAGGCCUCUCCUGGACAGAUUAUAUGCAGUCUUUGCUAAGAACCGGCUGAAGUGGACUGGAAGGGAUGCAUGUACUACUGGAACCUGUCACAAGAAGCAACUAUGACAAAUAAACUGAAUGCCUUUUAAAGCAGCAUAUCUCAUACACUACAUCCAGUGGUGGAAGUGACCUUUCUUUUUCAUACUUCCAUGCCUUGUUCCCUCCCUACCUGGGCAGUUUUGCCUAUACAGUCCAUUUUCAAUAGACAGCCUAGUGUAUUUGACCAGGAUCUGUCCUGUUUUGCAUUUUCCACAUGUGUCUCAACAGGGUGUAACUUCUUAUAGGGUCCAACAC